AUGGCUCCUUUGGUCUUCAACCCCAGUAUCUCAGUCUUGAGUCUUGAGCUCCCAGUGUCGCAGGCUGCCGUGGCCAAGCUGGCAGAAGGAGUUGAUGUUCUUCGAUCAGUCCACAGUUGUGCAACCUUGAAGCCACAGUAUCCGCUUCAGUCCCUCCCACAAAAGCAGUUGGAGCUUGAGAAUCAGGCUUCACGCAGGACUCGAAAGGACAGACUCACAUCGUUUCCGUGGGUGCCGGCCGGUCCACCUCCAGAAAUCGACCUCGGAGAGAAGAACACCAAGGCCGAGAGGGAGCAGGUAAGAGCAGAGCACGAUCAGGAGAAGGAAGAGCAAGCAGCCAAACUGGCGCAGGCAGAUGAGUUGAUCGACAAAGUCGCGGGAUUGACCCGUGAGAUCGAGGAGCUCCGAAAGCAGCUCCUGCAGGCGCAAAGACCCCGUUGGCACUUCGACACGCUGUGUGGAAGCCGGAGCUAUCGCUUGGAUGCUUGUGAGCCCUUCGGACUCUUGGGAGCCAGAGCAGCUUUUGCCAUGGCAGAUGGACACGUCGUCUUGCCUGCAGAUGCCUGUGAGCCGAUGUCAGGGGAGGCGCAGAUUGGAGACGGAUCCGCAGGCUGCAGCUGUUGCCCGGCGCAAGUCGGUGCGGAUGUCCUUGUUGCCGCCCAAUCUGCUCGAAAAGAGAAGCGAGAAGGAGCUUUCCCGCGAAGUUGCAAGAAGUAG